GAGAAGGGAAGAUCUCGGCUACAGACUUGAGUCAAAGAAGUGAAAGUGUACAUGAUAGAAGACGUUUUUACGAUUGGUGUUAAUCUGAUCCUGAUUUUAUUAUUUUCAUAGCAGCUGGAUCAGAAAAGGGACACCGAAAUUAUUCAUUACUCCAUGGUAUCGAAGAUAACAUCUAUAUAACGAUCGUAUAGCUUCGUGAUUCGCGAUCGCAUCUCUAAUUCACCUGUUGCUUUAGAGAGAGUUGUCCAAAGCCAGGAUUAUAGAUUGCCUACAGCCUUAACGGAUCAACACAAGAGGAAAGGAUUUUAAGUACGCACACUCUUAAAAGUAGAAGAGUCACUGGACUUCACAUUUUAAAGUCCUUAUAAGAGCUUUGCAUGUUGAUGAAGUUAAAUGUCGAUCGGUAAGGACGUCAGCAACUAAUGGCCGAAUCAAAUCCGUCAUGGAUUUAUUUUCAUUGUCGUUGUCAGCAAGCGUCUUGUGCAUCGUGUUGAUCUUAUCACUACGCUAUCUGUCGUUGCUUCGAUGGUUUAGUGGGCAAGCAUAUGUUCUAAGCAAGAGAAAAGAGAGCUUCACAGUCCUAGAGGUUCUUGAGCUCUUUAAAAAUGCAAAGCCUUUUCCUGUGGGAUAUCAAAAAGGAUGGAAAAUCAACAGUUUUAUUCAUGGUCAUCGAGUGUGGUUCCAUUUUCUCACUUUCACACAGUCUCCCACCGCACCAUGCAUCAAAGUCUAUGCAGCUUUUGACAAGAUCAAUGCAUCAGCACAGUCCAUUUUACAGCUGAUUAAGGAUGCCUCAUUAAGCUGUGAGUGGAAACCAGGGGUGAUAGCAGCAUCGAGUGUGCAUGAUGUUACCUCCCUUGAGGUGAACGGUCGUUCAAAAGGCCUUCCUAUGAUGCCAGUGCAGCAUGACUAUGUGCGGGAGGAAAAAGUGAAGUCAACAAGACACAACUGGCUGAAAGCUCAUAGCAGUACAGCUAACAUUGUAACACCAACAGUAAUUGAAGACUUCAAAAGGUUUUGGCACAAAGAAGACAAUGGCUGCAGCUGGUUACUGCAGAUGAAUGAAGGGUCUCAAGCUCUGGUAUUCUACUUGAUCCAGCCUGUGCAAGCAGACGUGGACCAUUGUCUGUUGACUGUCGUGACCUGGUCAGCACCCCAAGUGUCUUGCAUCAUCCCAGUUGAUGAAAAGCCUUCUGUUUUCCUCUCUUCGCUCAAAGAAUACAUCCACCUUCGCAGAGUACAGACAACACCACUUUUAAACAUCUCCCUCCCACACCUUAGGGCUACAAGCAAUAUUGCCAGUCCUCUUGCAGAUGCAUCUCUCACUUCACGAGGUGCUAGCAGAUGGCAGCAUAUGCCUCUCAUAUCUUACAUCAAACGGUUCAUGGGAUAUCAGACCAUUGCAAGAGGGUUAGAUGGAACUUCAGAGCAGGACAACAUCAAAAGAUCUGCAUCAAUUUUGCAUUAUAAGAGCAGUGACAGCAAUGUGCCAACAAAGACCAGCCAUCUUAACCGUGAACAAUCACCUGUGAUCAAGGAGGAGACAGAAUCUGCCAGUGAUAGUGAAAAGCCUGAGGGCAAAGAAUCGUCAGUGGCAGCUGGCUCUGGAGACUGUCUGAAAAAUCAAGGUCUAGAAGAAACAGUAAGCAACUAUGCAAACAGCAAUCAAGCAAGGCAUGGCAUCAGACAGUCACUGAGUGAAGGACACACACGCCACAGUCCUUCACCUCCUCUGGACUUGGGUUCAAGGAGCAUAGAAUCUGAGAAAGCAUUAGCACGAUACAAGACAAUGGUCAAUCAGGCAGCAGCAGAGCUUAUGGCAGAAGCUCUCAGAGCAUCCAAUAUUGACUUGGAGAAUUCAUCUGAGGCUCAGGCUGAGUCAUCUGAUGGCUGGAUGUUUGUUGAGUUUGUGAAUAACAUAGUAGUUCUGCGGAAGCUCUCUCCUCCAGGAUCAUCAGUCCAGAGUUAUCUUGGAAAAGGAUUUGUCUUGGCACCACCAAAAACAGUUUGGGAUGCCGUUAGGAAUCCACGCACUCGUUUUACCUACGAUGAUACCUUGAAGAAGGUUGACAUUCUUGAAAAUAUAACAGAUGGAAUAAAAAUAGUCUAUUUGUAUCAAGAAGUACUGCAGCUGCUACGGAAGGACAGCUGUGAUGUCUGCUGUCUCCAAGGUGAACGCAUCGAAGGGUCAAAAUAUGUGCUUGCCUACACCUCAAUUGAUCAUCCUUCUGCACCAUUUGCAGAAAAUGCCAUUCGAGGAAAGAUGCUGUCUAGUGGGUGGAUUAUUGAGCCUGUUCGGAAAGACACCAAAGUCUAUUCCCUUGUUACAUAUUUAAUGCAAGUGGACUUUGGCCCUGCCCAUUCUAAUGUGGAACGGCUUCCAAUGGAAGACAUGAUGAACCGACAGCCUUUGAGCAUCUCCUUUUUGCAGCAGUACUUGAAGCCAGCCGUGCAGCUGGCACGACGCAAGUCAGCACCUCUUAUCCCUAUGUCAUAGAUGCUUGUGACAGUGAACAGAAUUCCCUUCUUUGUAAUCAUCUACAUUAACAGGAAGAGAUUAUCUACUUUGGCAGGAUGUCAGAUGUCCUUGUAUGUGCCUGUGCUCAUUUUUGUAUAUAAAAGCAACAUGCACAUUGUCAGUUUAAGUGAAACAUCACUUAAGACAACAUCCAUUUACUUGAUUAAAUUUAUCUGUAUGGUUAUCUCUAAAACCAAGAUGUGGUAUUGAUAAGAAAUAUGAAUGGGGGAAGAAAUCCAUAAAAUGUCGUAGAUAAAAACCUGGAAAAGAACAAACACAUAACUUAAGACCUUUCGCACAUUAUGGAACAAACAGCAUGUGGUGUAGAUAUUUUUGUACCUUUAAUAAAAAAUUUUAAGAAUUGUUUUUCACUCAAGAACUUUCAUUAUUCUGUUAGCAUUGAGUUUAUAAAAUAUAAAUUUAUCUAAAAUAUGGACUUCAUCUGUAGCUAAAAUUCUAUUUAUUACACUAAUUUAGGAUGAAGCAAAAGAAUUGUUUUCUUGAAAACUAUCAAUCAUUAUUCCUUUUCAUGCAUGUCAUCUUAAAGAAGGAAGAUGGUGCAGGAUUUUAUCAGUACCCUAACUUACAUAUUUUUGCUAAAUUCAAUAAUUUAUAUUUUUCCCUCCUAGCAUUAGCAUGAUCUUAGAUUUUUAAGUAGAAAGAUCGACAUUUUAAAUCUACAGUUCUUCUCUGAGCUUCCAUCAUAAAAGUUUUCAAAAAGCACUCUUGUUUUAAUUGGGUUAUGUCCCUGAGUUUAAUCAGACUGCAAAGAGUAGUUUCAAAGUUCGAAAAUGCAGCAAUUGGAGAAGAGCAAUAUUCAUGCACUCUAGGCAUAAAUGCAGCAGUUAGUUACAGGCCCAGUAGAUGUGAACAAUAAAUGCAGCAAUCUGAGUAGAUGAAGACCCGUUCAAUAUAGACAGUAAAUGCAAGCCACAAAAUGAAGAUUGUGUAAAAUCGAUGCCAGUAACGUUGCCUCAAAAUGUGGGGUUAACUUUUAUCUAUAUCAAUUUGGGGCCAGAGAAUCAUGCAAGUGCAUGAAUACAAAUCCAUGACGUGUGACUGGCUGAUAUAGAUUUUUUUCCAAUUUAGGGUACCAUUUUUUAAGCUUUGAUGUGUUUCCAAUUGAAAUACAGAAAAUAAAAUGUAAAAUUCCUGUGGGUGUGCAUCAGCACAGUCUUCUUAUGCAGCUUACUAUACAGCAGUGGUGCCCAACCUUUUCUCGCCCGAGGGUCAGACUGGAGAUGAUGUAAAAUCUCCCAGGCCUGAACAUGGCGGUUUUGCCAGAAUCAUGAUGUUAAAAAUGAAAUUAUGUUAUGUCUGGUUAAAAUGAGCAAGUCGAAUGUUGCACCUCUGCUGUACAGCCUGGUAUUGUUUCUUUUGCAUAGCUGGUGUGGCUGCAAAUGAAAUGCUUUUUCUGAAAAUAAUAUGGAUGAACACAUGGUUAUAUUUUUCUAGUGCCUUAAUGACAUAAACAGCAUCUAUGUUUACACACAAUGAGUAAUUUGCCCCUGUGAUCACUCAGUUCAGCACAUAAGGAAGGAGGAAGUCUCCAAUGAACUCUUGUUUGACACAAAAAGUGUGAAGAGUAUAACUCUCCUUUUUUGCUUUGAAGUGUUUCCAGUCAUAAUAAGAGGAAAAAAAUCUUGCAUUUCUAAACAUGAUGGAUGUUGGCAAUGAGCUGUCAGAAAAGGGCAGAGAUUACUUUCUUGAUAUAUUUGGUGUUGAGAAAAGCAAGUAUGAAUCUAAUGAUUGUGCUCAGAUAAAUGAGUUAUUGUGCUGAAGAAAAACAAAGUGCUAUGCAAAUUACUCAUAUAACUGUAAAGUUGAUAUCUGUGUCUAUACACAACUGUAAUGUAUAGUAUCUAGAGUAGGAAAUGACAUGCAGACAAAAAUGGCUAUUUAGUACCAUGACAUUCACUUGUCCCCAAAUAUCUUCUGACUAUGCAAUCUUACUCUGAGCCUCAUAUGUUUUGAGAGCUGUGCAGACCUAGUUACUGCAAAGUACUAGUCUCUGUAUUUUUAAGAAGCAUAUCAUCUGUGCAAGUGCAUGUUGCAAUCCCUGGAAACAGUGGAAUAAUGAUUGACAAAAAAAUUCCCUUCUGCUUUGGUAUAUACUUCCUUGGCAGCAUUUAACAUGGUCAUAAUAAAGUUAUUUUUACUCUCUGUAAGAUACAAUGGUGAUUUUGACAUGUAAGUCAUCCUGGGUACUAACACACAAAACAUGAUAUCAAAUGGACAGGUUUGUCUUUUUGUGAUGUAAAACAGCUGGUACCUUAAGUUUGUAGAAGUUAUGAUUUUUUCGUUUUUGUUUAACAAAUGACCAUGUUCUUUAUGCAGUAGCAGUAUGAGCCAGCAGACUUCCAUUUGAUUGCAAAAUAUGAGCCUUUAAACAUUCCCACCUGUGUGUUAAAAGAGAUUGAAGCCAUGACAUUGUAAGUUUAUGGGACAUUUGACCAGUUAUUGUGGAUGUUGAUGUUCGAAGGCUCUUGUGAAAAAAAGGAGUAAUUUGUUCAUAUUCUGCAAAUAUGCAAUGAGCUAAACCUAUUUGUUUAGUAAAUUUGUGUUGACAGGUGAAAAUGCCAAGGCUAUAAUAAACUUAAAUACUAGGCCUAUGUGGGCAUAGCUACAGCAUCAGAUGUAUCCAAGUUUUCUCCCUUUGCAGUUGUGUAUAACAGGAUGUAGUGGCUUACAGCAAGGUGACACCCAGCUAGUUCAUCCAUUUAUCCAAGUGCUGUUUCUCUACUGGGAAAACACCAUUUCUAGAAGAAGCACUGCUCACGCUCCAUCCUUGGCAAUUUUUUUUUUUAUUUCUGUGAGGAUAUUGUGAAUAAGCAUUUUUUCCAAUUCUUUCCACUCAAGUUUAUGAUGUGGUUUCUUUUCAAUUUAUGACAAAAUUUGUUUUCGUCUGUUCUGAUAUAUGCUUGUUUGUUUGAAAUAUGUUGCAGCUUGCCUUUAUUGCACAGUCUGGUUCUUGGUUUUAACAUAGAUGGUGUUAUUCCUAUUUGACAAAAUUCCUUGUUUUUCAGCUUUAUUUACAUUGGUAAACUGCCUUUGGUCCAGGUUUUAUUCACUGUGAUUUCUGUGUUUCUUCUCCUAGUGCAUGUACUUUGAUCUCUACAUAUCAUGGAACUGAGGACAGUUCACAACAAAACUGUUUAUAUACUCAUCUUUAAAACCAUUCCUUUGCAGCUUUUUCAUAUUUUUGUACUGCCUUGCAAAUCUUUCAUUUGCAUGCCUCAUAUUGCUUUAUGCAUCAGUAACAAUGUGUCAGAAGCUUAGAAUAUAAGGGCUGGUGAAUUCUUUGCAACUGAAAAUAACUCCUCAUACCUUAAGUUGUGCAGCAGCAAUUUUUUCCCAUUAAAUUAUUACAACUCACAUCUUGGCAUUUCUUAACGAGAUGGAGUGUGCAUCUUUUGUAAGUGAAAUAAAUCUUGUUCGUAAAUUAUAUCUUUUUAUAUCUGUUUCACUUACGGUUCCAAAGCUGCGUCAACAAAAAAAUCAAAUUCAUUACAAGCCGCUGCUACUUUUGUACUGAUCUCCAAGAAAUAAAAGUUUGUUUGUGAUAA